AUGCACUGCAUCAUCCACCAAGAGUCCCUGUGCGCUAAGUCUGCCAACCUCGUUGGUGUCAUGUCUGUCGUGGUGAAGGUCGUCAACUCCAUCCUCUCCCGCAGCCUUAACCAUCGUCAGUUCCAGGCACUGAUGGAUGAGGUGAAUGUGCACUACAACGACCUGCUCUACUUCUGUGAGGUACGCUGGCUGAGUCGAGGGGCCAUGCUGUCUCGGGUGUGCGACCUUCAGCAGGAGAUUGCCACCUUUCUACGUCAGAAGAACCUUCCCCACGCUGAUCAGUUCUCUGAUCCACGGUGGCUAGCUCGCCUGGCCCUGCUCACGGACAUCACGGCGCACCUGAACACCCUCAACGUGAAGCUGCAAGGCAAAGACAUUCUCGUGACAGACAUGUACGCGCACAUCACUGCCUUCGAGGUUAAACCACGCUUGUGGGAGGCUGAAUUGGCUUCUGGUCAGUUUGUGCAUUUUCCUCGCCUUGCUGCAUGUGCCCCUGACGAUGUGGACCUGGGCACUUGCGAGUCAGGGUGCUGGCUGCAGACUUCGAGCUUUUCACUGCUCCCUUUGACUUCCCCCGUGGAAGACGCCCCUGCCUCCCUGCAGAUGGAAUUGGUGGAGCUGCAGUGCAACGAUGAAAUGAAGGCGAAAUUCUGCAUCUCUUCUCCGUUGUCCUUCUUCCGCGACAUCGUUCUCCCUUCUAACAAUUUUCAAAAAUACAUUGCGCAUGUCCAACACAUUGUGGCCAUGUUCGGCAGCACCUACUGCUGUGAACAGCUCUUCUCAAAAAUGAGGUACACGAAGUCUCACCUUCGCUCCCAACUCUCGGACCGCCACCUCAAUGACAUUCUUCUGUUGUCUACCUCAACCAUCAAGCCAGACAUGGAAAUGCUUCUUCAUGGCAAACAGCACCAGCAGUCUCAUUGA